AUGAGAAGGAAAGAAGCAAUGUUUGUUGAGAGGGAGAGGUUGCUGAAUGAGAAAAAACAAUUGAAGAGGGAGAAGGAUUUGUUUUUUGAGGACAAGGAAAAGUUAGUGAAUGAGAGGAAGGAGUUUAUUAAGGAGAAGGAAUAUGUGCAAUCGUAUAGUAAUGUCAAAGGUAAUGUAUUGAAUGCAUCCAUUUCUCAUCCUGUUUAUGAAAGGAGAAUCAAAAAGAUACCGAAGCCAUUAUAUUACAAGAUUUCUUCGUACUUGUCCUUGUCUGCAUUCGAUACAACCCCUGCGGCGGUUCCCGAACCCGAGCAAGUAACAACUUUUACAACUUCUCCGAUACCAUUUCCUAUACAGAUGGAUCCUUUCAGGAUACUAUCCGCACAUGAGGCUAUCGACACAUACAUCGAGUUCCUUGAGAAAAGGCAUAACGACCUUUCAAUAGCAUAUCUUCAAGAUUGCAAGUUCUGUCCUAUGUAUUUUACGCAAAGCCUUGAGGGGUGUUUGCCUGUUUUGAUUGCAUACCGGGCCUCCAAAUCGGCGUUAGAACGGGCCAAGCUAUUAGGUCAGAUGGGUACGACCUACACAAUUGCCAAGCAGCGAGAUAAACCAUAUGCCAAAGCAAUUUGGUGUUAUGAACGGGUCUAUGCGCCCAUAAAUCACGAAAAUUCACAUUGGUUUCUGCUAGUCAUCUAUCCUAGAGCAAGAGAAAUUGUUGUUGUGGAUAGCUUGUGCACCAAUUUAUUGCUGAAAUACAAGCAAAAGAUGAAGAAGAUGACUGAUGCACUCCCCAUCCUCUUCCAUGCCACUGGAGACAGCACUGCGCUUGAAGGGAAGAAGUGGACCGUCAGAGUCAAUGAAUAUGCGCCGAAGCAGGACAAUGGUUAUGACUGUGGUAUAUUCGUAAUGAAAUACAUCGACAUUUUGUGUAGCGGUCUCACCUUGGCGGGAAUAGACAUGCAAAAAUUCACCGCCGAUUGGAGGAAGUCAAUAGCAUAUGAUUGCUUGUCUCUAGUUUGUAGAUGAUAUUUGUCCAGGGCAUGGGAUGAAUUUUGGAAAUAUGUUGUAUACAUUGUAUUAUAUACAUCAUUGAAUAUACAUUGUAAGUUAUGAUGUAUAGCAUACUUUGUAAGUUUUGAUGUAUAGCAUACUUUGUAAUUUUGGUGGAUAGCAUACUUUGAAAAUUUUUUGCAUAUUCGCCGGAAUUGUAAGUUA